AUGCUAUUGACAUUCAUUUUCAGGAAUGACCAAACGUGCUUAUUUGGCCCACCCUCGACAGGAACCGCCAUCGUUCCUGAUGCCAACUUCCGGCUGCCGACUGAUCCUGGUCACAACGAUGACCUUGAACUACCGGGCCAGGCGUAUGACCCGGACCAGCAGUGUCGUCUUAUCUGGGGAGAUGGGUCGUAUUUAUGUAGGGGUGCCGAGUUCGGAAACGCUUCCACACUGUGUCAGGCCAUAUAUUGUCGGGACCCCUCCUCUCCCACAGAUUGUGUGCUGCACACGGCCGCCAGGGGUACUUCCUGUGGGCACAAACGGUGGUGCGUUCACGGCGAAUGUGAAUUCUCAAACGAGGCUCCCGAAUUCAGAGACUCGUGCGUGUUAGGAGACCAACCAGGCCCUGCAUUCAACUCGAUGACUUGCGCGGAGCUGGCUGACCAAUGGCCAGCUUACUGCUACCAGGAUAAGGUCCGAGCCCGAUGCUGUCGCUCAUGUUCAGCAGUCGCCACGCCCAUCACAAAUUGCGCAUACGGAGACCGUAUCCAAGGUUGUCGCCCCUGGCACUGCACGCAAACGACGGGUGCUAGCAGUUCCAUCCUGACCGACUGCUGCCACACAUGUCAGACAGGUACGUGCACAAAUAUAUGCACUUAUAUUUAAUAGACACAAACAAAUUGCAUAGACGAUAUAACGCACGAAAGUGCUGAACGUCGAAUUAACAUUGAAGUCAGUCAUCCUUUAUCAU